AUGAAAUCGACCUAUUUUUCACCCACAGCCUGGAGUAUUUCAAAUAAGUACGGCAAGGUCACACGUUGAUCGUGUUUGAACUACUUUUAACGUAGAACUUGAACAAAUACUGACUGUCGGAGGUCGGAGUCAGAGUGUCAGAAGCCAAAAAUCUUUAGAAAAGAGAGAAGAAGAAAUUAACAGUUUGCUAGAAAAUAAUAUUUUUAUUUUUUUUAUAAUUAUUUUUUAGCAAAACUAAAACUCAUUAUAAAAUCAUGUUCAAUCAAAGUUAUCAAACGGAAGUGAAACAAGAGUUUGCUGAGAUAAUUUGCAAAAGGGAAAUAGAUAACGAAGUAGAUAAAGUUCUACAGGACACCUUUAAAAUUUAUGUUAAGGAGGAACCUCUCAGGGAAAGUACAAAUGAUAAAUUUGUUUAUUUAUUAGACGUGAAGAAAUGUCCUAUAAAAGCUGAAGUAGAUCAAGAUGAUGGUCUAUCUUGUAAAGAUAUGAAAACUGAUGGCAGUAACCUCUUCACAAAUGACGAUAGAAGUGACAGUAAUUUGAACCAAUGUACAACUUCCACUACCAACGUGAACACUGAAGGACAACGUUUUAUAUGCACCAUUUGCCAGAAACCACUGUCAAGUAAUUCUUAUUUAGAAGUACAUAUGAGAAGACACACUGGGGAUAAACCUUUUGAAUGUGAAAUUUGCACCAAACACUUUUCAACAAAGAGUUAUUUAUCAAUACAUAUGAAAUUGCAUAGUGGCGAAAAACCAUUUCAAUGUAAAAUUUGCAAGAAAGAGUUUUCUUUGAACAUAUAUUUAAAAUCACAUAUGAUAGUGCAUACUGGUAAAAAACUAGUUGAAUGUGAAAUUUGCGCUAAGCGUUUUUCAACGAAACAAGUUUUAAAUGCGCAUAUGAGAGUGCACACUGGUGAAAAACCAUUUGAAUGUGAAAUUUGCGUUAAGAAAUUUUCAACGAAACAAGUUUUACAAUCACAUAUGACACUUCAUACGGGUGAAAAACCAUUUGAAUGUGAAAUUUGCGCAAAACAUUUUUCAAAGAAAUCACUUUUAAAAUAUCAUAUAAGGGUGCAUACUGGUGAAAAACCAUUUGAAUGUGAAAUUUGCUCAAAACAGUUUUCAAAGAAAUCACUUUUAAAAUAUCAUAUAAGGGUGCACACUGGUGAAAAACCAUUUGAAUGUGAAAUUUGCGCAAAACAGUUUUCAACAAAAAACCAUUUAUUAAUGCAUAUGAGAGUGCAUACUGGUGAAAAACCAUUUGAAUGUGAAAUUUGCGCAAAACAGUUUUCAAAGAAAUCACUUUUAAAAUAUCAUAUGAGGGUGCAUACUGGUGAAAAACCAUUUGAAUGUGAAAUUUGCGCAAAACAGUUUUCAAUAAAGAGUCAUUUAUUAAUGCAUAUGAGAGUGCAUACUGGUGAAAAACCAUUUGAAUGUGAAAUUUGCGUUAAGAAUUUUUCAACGAAACAAGUUUUACAAUCACAUAUGAGACUUCAUACUGGCGAAAAAUCAUUUGAAUGUGAAAUUUGCAAGAAACCGUUUCCAACACAAUAUUAUUUAAAAUCACAUAUGAGAGUGCAUACUGGUGAAAAACUAGAUGAAUGUGAAAUUUGCGCCAAACAAUUUAAAUCAAAGAGUUAUUUAAAGACACAUAUAACAGUCCAUACUGGUGAAAACCCAUUUGAAUGUGAAAUUUGCGCAAAACAGUUUUCAACAAAGAGUCAUUUAUUAAUGCAUAUAAGAGUGCAUACUGGUGAAAAACCAUUUGAAUGUGAAAUUUGCGCCAAACAAUUUAAAUCAAAGAGUAAUUUAAAGGUACAUAUAAAAGGCCAUACUAGUGUACAGUAAGGGACAAAACCCUUACUGUAUAAUAUAAUAUGUAUCAAAAAAAAUGUAUAUAAUUCUAAGUAAUUUAGGUUGUUACAAAAGAUAUUGUUUGUGUAACCUCGCAGAGACUACGUAUAGUUUAUUUUCCAAAGUCCGAGUUAGAAGAAGAGAUAAAUAGCCGACAGAGGGAUUAAAUUGAGCAUUAUAGUAUUGUCAUUAUUGAUAGUAAGAUUAAGAUCGUUACUAUGCCAGUGAGCCGUCCUGCGAGAAGGGUGUCCUGAAGGGCUACCCCGCGAAACAACAUCUUAGUAACCUUAUGUUGAUGGAUGUUGUAAAUCAUAAAUAAAGUUAUAAGUUAGA